CUUGUCGUUCCGGCGAGUGGGGAACCUUGGUGCUUGCGGGCCACCAUCCCGGAAGUGGAAUUUGGAGGAAGCAACUCCUAAAGUGGUUGGGGUAUAAUAAGUUCUCUAGAUUCUAGGUGAGGAUUCACAGAACUUUUUGUCGUUUGGGUUGGCCUGGACGAACUCAGAGGUUUUAUUUCUCUUCAUUUGAAGGAACUAACUUCUCUGCUGAGCCUGACGUGUUUGUGGUGGGGCAGAAGGUGGUUCGGAUGAAUGAAAGUCCGUCUGAGGAAGUUGGUCUGCGCUCUUCCUCCCUGGCGGCUUUAGAAGUGAUCUGAUGCUUUAGCGGCUUAUCAUGGCCCAGCGAGCAGUGUGGCUCAUAAGCCACGAACCGGGAACUCCACUCUGUGGCACCGUCAGAUUCUCCAGGCGGUAUCCAACUGUUGAAAAACGAGCCAAAGUCUUCAAUGGAGCAAGUUAUGUGCCUAUUCCUGAAGAUGGUCCCUUUCUUAAAUCACUGCUCUUCGAACUUAGAUUAUUGGAUGAAGAUAAGGACUUCGAGGAGAGUCGUGAUAGCUGUUCUCACAUCAGUAAAACGUCCGUCUAUGGACUUAAAGUAGGAGGGGAAGAACUCUGGCCAGUGGUUGCUUUUCUGAAGAAUGGCAUAGUAUAUGCUUGUGUUCCACUAGUUGAACAAACUUUAUCCCCUCGUCCACCAUUAAUUAGCAUUAGUGCAAUUUCACAAGGCUUUGAAUUUCUCUUUGGGAUACAGGAUUUUCUUCACUCAAGUUCAAAAAAUGACACUGAGCUAAAUACAAAAUUGAGCCAGUUGCCUGACUUGCUUCUACAGGCUUGCCCAUUUGGAACUUUGUUAGAUGCCAACUUACAGAAUUCGUUGGAUAGUAUUAAUUUUGCCUCUGUGUCUCAUCCACAAAAACAACCAGCCUGGAAAGCUGGAACAUACAAAGGAAAACCACAAGUUUCUAUUUCUAUCACUGAAAAGGUGAACUCUAUGCAAUAUGAUAAACAGGAUAUAGCAGAUACAUGGCAAGUAAUUGGAGCUGUCACUUGCAAGUGUGAUUUAGAAGGAAUCAUGCCAAAUGUUACCAUCAGCUUGAGUCUCCCCACCAAUGGAUCUCCACUUCAGGAUAUUCUAGUUCAUCCUUGUGUGACUUCUCUUGACUCUGCCAUUCUGACUUCUAGUAGCAUCGAUGCAAUGGAUGACUCUGCAUUUAGCGGACCUUACAAAUUUCCAUUCAGUCCACCUUUAGAGUCAUUCAACUUAUGCUACUACACCUCCCAGGUUCCUGUCCCCCCAAUUUUGGGCUUUUAUCAAAUGAAUGAGGAAGGAAUACAACUAAAAAUAACAGCUAAUUUAAAACUUCAUGAAAGUGUGAAAAACAAUUUUGAAUUCUGUGAAGCUCAUAUACCAUUUUACAAUAGAGGUCCAAUCACACAUGUGGAAUACAAAGUUAGUUUUGGCCAGCUCGAAGUAUUUCGAGAGAAAAGCUUAUUGAUCUGGAUUAUUGGACAGAAAUUCCCAAAAUCAAUGGAAAUUAGUCUUUCUGGAACUGUAACUUUUGGAGCCAAGAACCAUGACAAGCAGCCAUUUGACCACAUUUGCACUGGGAAUACAGCAUAUUUAAAGCUUCGUUUUAGGAUCUUAGACUACACACUUACUGGGUGUUAUGCAGAUCAGCAUUCUGUUCAAGUUUUUGCAUCGGGAAAACCAAAAAUAAGUACACACCGGAAACUAAUUUCUUCUGAUUAUUACAUAUGGAAUUCUAAAGCUCCCGCUCCAGUAACAUAUGGAUCAUUAUUACUGUAAUUAUCUCAUAUCUAAAUGGGAUUUAUGCAAUAGUAACAUAGCCUACAUUAAAUUAGUCUUUAAUUUUAAUGUGUAUGCAUAUAACCUGUAAGUGAGAAAUCAUUGAAUGCUUUAAUCAUUAAAAAUGCUCUUGUUUAAUGUUUUUAGUCUGACAUAGUUUGAAAAAAUUUUUUAAAAGAUUAAUGUCUCCAACUUCGUUACCUUUUGAUUUUACUCAAAUAUAAUUCAGAGCAUAAACCACUAGUGAUUCAUUUCAGGCUUAUUUUAGAGUAGUCCUGGGUCAGCCUGCCACAUGGUCCUUCCUGUACCUGUGGCAGACAUGGCUAAUCAAUCACAGUCCCCUCUGUCUGUUGGGAACCGCCCUGACUGGUAUCAGAAGCUGAAACCCCCCACCUAGGCUAAGGCUAAGGGAACGCCCUUGGAACCGUAAGCUAGCAAGGGGACAAGGGCUUGUCUCCCUGGCAGGAAUGCCGCUUCUGCUGCUUUAUUCAUAACUGAACCCCAAAAAGCUUGGUCGGUUAGCCAAAGACGGGUAAGAUUCCCCACGGGGGGAACGACCUAAGCCAGGCACGAUCACUUUGGGAGGCCCCCCAAAAGAAGGACUUGGGGGGCUGCAGCAAAAAGGGGGUGAUGGACCCUCACUCCUCGGCUUUGACAUAGCCUGAGUCCUCAUCAUCUGGGAGAAAAUCUCCUUAUUGCCUUAGUUCCCGUGCUAAGCCUGAAACAAUGACAGGGUGGUGCAGCUCUGUGCUGAAAAGAGCGGAUUCCCCCGGUGAUCAGGCCUAAGAAAGAACAUGUAAAUUACUGUGAAACCUUUGUUUAGAAUGCUUUCAGUUGAAUGAGAGGGGUCCAAGGAGGAAGUUUGUUCCUCAAAGUCUUACAGCUCUUUGACCCUGACUCAAAAAUAGACCAGCAGAGUUCCUUGUUUUCUGUAGUUUCUUACUUCCCCCUAAUGAGUACUGUACUUUGCCUGAAUUAUUAUACAAAAUGAGCCCAAUAAAAGCAUGUAUGGAUGGUAAAUCAGGGCCCUCCCCACUAGGGGGGGUGGCUAUUUCGUCCCUACUUCCCCACAAAAACUAGUUUGUCUCUUUGUAUGUUUGUUUCUCGCGUGUUUUUCGGCGAGCCAUCCACAGUGUUCCGUGGUCACUGCUGGCCGGUGACCCACGCGCAACAUCUGUCCACUGAGCUUUCUGGAUGCAGGCUCAGGCUCCUCUUCAGUGCAGAGCUACAGGCAGCCACCCCCGAUGAAUUGUAGAUGACAUGCAAGAUAAAAAAAAGUAUUUGUUCUUCCAAACCUGAGUACUAAGUACCUACUACAUUGUGUUGAUAUAGAAUACUAGAGACCAUAUUAGAAACAACUAUAAAUCUCUUGAAAAAAUAGCCAAUGAAAACAAAGGGAAAUUGUCUAAAUAGUAGCCUGUUCUUAAUCAGAACUAUCCAGUUGACUUAUAAAGAAUCUGCAUAAUUCUACUUAAGGUGUUUAUUCUUACUCUCUUACUAGCAUUCUUCUGUAUUCCUCAGAAUCUAGUCAUGCUCUUUAUUCUCUACCUGUCUUGACAAUUAUAUGUCUCAUUCUGUUUCCAAAGCAGUUCAUUGUCAAGUUGGACUUGAAGUGACCCUUCAAGAAAAGGUGAAAUCUCAAAAUAAGCCAGGCAGUGAAAGACAAAUACCAUAUGAUCUCACCUUUAACAGGAACCUAAACAACAAAACAAAGAAACAAGCAAAAUAUAGUUAAAGACCUGAAAUAGAGGACAGGCUGACAGUGACCAGAGGGGAGAGAAGAGGGGGGGAUUUCAGGGGAGAAUGGGAAGGGUUUACAGGAACAAAUUUAAAGGACAUGUGGGCAAAACCUAGGGGAGGGGUGGUAAUGGGAGAGAAGUGGGGAGGGAUGGGUGGGUAGGCUGAAAUUGGAGUAAAAGGCAGAAAACUGUACUUGAACAAUGAUUAAAAUAAAAUUUAAAGAAAAAAAGAAAAGGUGAAAUCUCAAGAUUCUCAAAACUUAAUUCAUGUCAAGUUUCUUUUUACAGAAUUAGAAGUGUUAUGAAAAAAUAUACAUUAUAGAUUAGUAUUCAAUUAAAUUACAUCUUGGUUUCUAUUUUUUAAUGAGUUUCCUAAGGAAAGGCUUAGAAAAAGCUGCUAAGUCCUUGAAAGAGAGUUUGAAGGAAUAUUGCAUAUAAAUUUAGGAUUUGAAAUAUGAUUUUUAAAGUAAAGUCAAUCCUACUCAUUAUAAACUCUCAUUCUCUGCAAGGCAUUAUCAUGGCAUAAUGUUCUCCAUUCAAAAUUAUCCCAAGUAACAAAGGAAAUAGAAUAACUGCCUAACCAGGAUUUUUAACUUGUUAUUCUAGCUUAAUCAUAGAUAAUCAGUAGUAAAAACCUUUUUUUUUUGAAAGAAUAAAAAAAAUAUUCCCCCUAAGUUAUUUGAUCUCUCUUAAACUCAAGGAAAGCUUAACAUUUAACUUACAUUAAUAUUAAUGGAGCCAUUGGGCAUCGUGAUUGUAUAAAUGUUUAGCAAAGCACACUAAAACAAGGCAAGAGGCAUUUAUCUAGUGAGUAGACAAUGAUUCGGUAUAAUAAUCCUCUAGGGAAAACUUGCUUUGUAAACAAUCAGAAAAACCAGUGAAUGUUUGAUUUGACGUUUCUAGAAACCUGAGGAAAAUCUAGGGCGUCCUGGAAAAAGUGUGGGCCGUGGGCAAGCUGAUGCCAUCUGUCACCAUCCCGCCCUAAUGUUGCACUACAGAACUGAAACCAACUCAUGUUUUCAUCCUGUUAAGAUCAGCUGGACACAUUGUGAUGCUUUUGAUUUUGUCUAGAAACCUGUCACUUCAGGAUAAUUUCUGAAGACAAAGUCCGUUUCCCGUUUGGCUGGACCUUUCUUUUCUUGAGAGUCUGCUGCCACAAUUAAAGAAGAAACAGCUGCAUUUCAAAGGGAUUCCGAUUCCAGAAGCUUAAUCGUGAUUGACAUGCUCUUAUUCUAAGCUAUAAGACACUCUAAGAGUCCUUUCUUGGGUUAAAACUUCAAUCAUUUUCUAAAAAAUUAUCUCACUAUGGAUUUUAUUCAUUUUCUUUGAUAACUAUUCUUUGCAUUUUUAACUUGAAAGAUACUUUGCGUUUGCAGUGAAUAUGAGCACCUACUUCCACAGAUUUGGAUGGUAUCACACCUACUCUAGAUGCAAAAUGGCUAAAUUCCCUUUUAGUGCAAAAAUAUGAUUAUGAAAUAUAAUAUCUAUCAUAUAAGUAAUUAUGCUUCAGUAGACUCAAAAGGUACAGAAAGUGUUACAUUUCUGAAAAAAAGUGCUCCAGAAAAGAUGGUUCAUGAUUUCGAUAUAACCCUUCUUUUCCAAACAGUGUUUUUAAAACUUUUUAAAGACAGUAAUACACUUACAGGGGUGGGCAUUUUUUUUACUUUUUUAAAUAAUUAAUUUGAAGAUCAGGUUUGAAGUAAACAAUAGCUUUGUCAAAAGUUCUUUAAAAAAACUAUUUGUUUAAAAAUGGUUUCUUAAUUAAACAGUCUGAUAAAAUUUAAGUUCUUUUUACAUCAACUAAAUAUGAGUUAAAUUAUUGUGAGUUUAUACACUGUAUGAAAGCACAAUUUUAUACAUAAGAACAACAACUAAUAUUUUUAUUAUAGUAUUUCAGUAUUAUAGUAUGUCACUUUAGAGCCACACAUAGCUCCUGCUCCACCCCUGGGAGGUAGGUAGGUGGGGCUUUCAUCCAGAGCCUGGGCCGGGACUGCUGCCGCAGCUGAACGGUUGUUUUAAGACAAAGGUCAGAAAAGGGAUGUUAAUAAACAGUCCUCAGGUUUAAGGGACUUUUUUAGGAUUACAUCUUAAAUUCCAACAAAUCAGAUUUAGGAGUUACUGAAAGUGAAAUUGAUCCAUCCCUCAUCCAAACUUUGCAAUACUUUCCUGUUCUGACAUCAUUUAGAUAGUUAGCUGUAUUAUCAGAUUAGAAACCAUUGUACCACGCUGCUGAAAGGAAAAGGAGGCAAAAAGCUAAACAUAGGAUGAAUUCUGAACCUUUUAACCUGGCUGAAGUGCGUUGGUCCCUGUUAUGCAAAUACCUUCAAUCCUCUGCUAAGUUCAGUGGAAAUAAUUUUCUUGAAUGACAGGUUUAUUCAGCAAGGAUUCAGUUGGUGAUUAAUCCCCCUUUGAUCUAGGGUAUUUCACUUAACUACCAGUUACCUCGUUCUGACAAAGUGCAACUGAGAUUAGGGAGAUCACUAGAACACUACCAGGGUGUGCAUUUAUUCUCUCUAACCUUUUAAAGCAAGGGCCAAGAAUGUAAUUUAUUUUCAGUAUUUGGAGAUGUAAAGUCCUGUCUGCUAAGUUAGAAAGUCAAUUGAAUACCAAAUGAAGUUUAUUUCUUACGUAAUAAAACAAACAUUUCUUUUUGCUUUGCCUAAGAAUGAGUUUAGAAAACAAGGUUUGAAGAAAGAAGAAACAAAGAUUACAUUUUAGGUAUAUUUUCUGGUUUUGUUUCAUGUGCUGGAGUAUACACUUAUCGGCCCUGAGAUAACUCAAAAAUCAAAGCAGUGGCUACAACUUAGGUUGAGAAACAUGCUUCUGUUUUCUUAAACUGCAUGAUUUCUUCCCACUCUCCUCCCGUUAAAAAAUGCCCUGCUAUGUGGUGAAUCCAACUGGGGAAAACAUGUAAUACACAAUUAUUCAUCUUAAG